AUUUCUAAACCGAAUCGUAUACAAUAUCAAACCAUUCUAAAGAAAGGCACACCAGUCUGAAAGUCCAGCCUGUCAUAAAUAAUGGGGGACCGUGACAUCCCGAGCGUACCCGUCACAACGUUAGCGGGUCUAACCAGCACUUCUGAUUUGCUCAGCGAGCUACCUGUAUCCGAUUCUCUCCUGAGUGCGGCCUCACUGAAUAAGUCACUGCUGUUCCAUGCUUUAGUUGCAAGUGAAUCUGAUAAUUUGCUUUCUGUCCGAGAUGGGACUCUCGUACGUCAGUUGGUGAAUGCCAUUGAACAAACAAAUUCGGACAAUAUCGAGCUAAAGCCAGAGUAUACUAUUGAACAACAUGGAACUAAUAUUAGUACCUAUCCAGAGCUACUCCAGGGCAUUUACAAUUUCCGGCCAACUGUUUUCAACACGCCAUUGAAGAUAACGCGAAGUGAACAUAAUAAAGCCAAGGGACUAACCCCCAGCGAACACAUGGAGGGUCAACUACAUUCCUCUCCGCAGCCGACAGCGUCAUCUACUGAUCUAUCUCAAAAUAUGCAACAAUGCAAAAAAUCUUCCAGUAUGGCUGGUACUGACGUGCUUCCAGAUGAGUAUUCCAUGAUCAGCUCCAGGACAAACGUGAAUGAUUUCAAUAAAAGAAUGGAGAAACCGGCAAACCAAGACCAAGAUGUUACACAAACACUUCCAAAAAUCGAGGAAAUGGAAAUCGCUCAGAACGCUUUAGACAUAAAGAACCCAAGCUCAUCUUUAUAUUCUGUGCAGCAACAGUAUUUCAGUCCCCUUAAAGCUCGGGAAUAUUCAUUGAAUUGCGAUAAUCUUAAGCCCGCAGACAAUCGUCCAUCUUUUCCUCGGAUGGAUGAUGAAUUCCCGUUCUUGGAAUCACCAAUUUAUCAUUUACAAGCUGCUAUGACAGAAUCCCAAGCUCCCACAACAUCGACCUCAAUGAUCCAAGGCAACUUCCAAAAUGUAUUAAAUUUACAAAGACAACAGAUUACGGAAUCUGCUGCACAUCACAAAGAUCAACAAAAAUCUUUACUGCCAAGCAACAAAAAUCAGUUACCGACGCUAUCCACCAACGUGCCAGACGAACAAUUAUUACCUGCAACUUCAACAUCGCUGAUAAGUAAUAAUAGUGGACAUGCAAUCGGCCAAGAACCGCAUCAAAACAAUAAUUCAGCUUCGACUGCCACUUCGACAUCGACGUCAUCGAGUGGCAAGUCCCAGGUUCGGUCACCAGAAUUGGCUAGAAGUAUUGGGCUACUACAACAAUCAUCAGAACAACAGCCCAAUACGAGAUUGAAUAUAGCCGCUGAGUUAGAAGUCGGUAGGACCACUACGGAAUCUUUAAACACAACAUUGGAUAUGUUUUCAACAAUUAAAGCAGACGAGAAACGGUUUGCUUCAAAGCGAAAAAUGGCUAUUUCAAUUGGUGAUAUUCCCCCGGAACAAAUAUUCUCAAAGCCCAAAGUACGUCGCGUCGAACGAAUAAUAGCCGUUUCCAACUCAAAGGAUUCAAAGGAUGAAGUAACUCGGUCACAAACAUAUCAACAUUUUAUGAGAAAUAUGGAACAAAUUAUUGAGAUGUUGGACGAUACGGAAUCCCCAAAUUUUGAUUCAGAGCACGUUGACGAAAAUAUUGAAUGCAUUUCCCCAAAACUUCUUAAUACGAUGAGCAAUGAUGUGGCCAAGUUAAAAGCUAAACAAGCCUUGGACUCCAUACCGAAAAACAAGUUAACCCUUCUAAUAAAUUACGCUAUGCGUAAUGUUUAUUUAGCCAGAAAUUAUUUUGCUGGACCAGAAGACGAAGAUGAAAUUGUAGAUGAUGAAGUAAUAGAAAAAAUUUUAAAUGCAAUGGAUGCUUGCUUACUUAUUUGCAAUAUAUAUUCGACAGUGAGCGAUCUUAAGUUUUUGCAAGAGGACAACAUUUCACAUAUUAUCAAAUUUGCACAAUUUCAACUGCGCGAAACUAUAUUUCCUUGCCAUGAUCCUGUAUAUACAGUCAAGAGUACGAAGAAGACUACUAACCGCAAAAAAAUUAAGUCGCAUCAAGGACAUCAGCGAAAUCUACAGAUCUUUUACUCUAAAACAGUUGAGCUAUUAAAAGUUUUUGUGGCUCUUUUUGAUAAGUGUAUAUUUGUCGAUACUAUAGUUUUGCCGCUGUCGACGCUUGCUAUAGAACCAUUCUUUGUAGACAAUAUUGAAACAUUGCAAUUUGUGUGCUUGGAACUAGUAACUACUAUAUUUCGGAAAGAAAGAUACGAUAAAAUAAGGAACAGUAUCUUGGGAGACAUAUUGUCGUCGAUUGAUCGGUUGCCUUCAUCCAAGAAGAACCUUCGUCCGUACAAACUUACAAAUAAUGGCGGAAAUAUUCAAAUGGUGACAGCACUUGUGCUGCAAUUAAUUCAAUGUGCUACAAUUUUACCAGACUCGCUUUGUGAUAACGGAAAAACGACCACAUUUCAACUGACUGUUGAUAACGAAGAUGAUCUUGAAAACAGUGCUAAGAAAAUAGUUAAACCAAACAAAGAUAUAGUGGUUUUAAAAAAGUAUGAUGUAGCUGUCAGUAUUGGAGGCAAUUUCUUAACAACUUUCUUAAACAAAUGCAAGUCACGGUCCAAUGAAACAGACUUUCGACCGCUCUUUGAAAAUUUUAUCCAUGAUCUGCUGGCCACCGUCAACAAGCCCGAAUGGCCCGCAUCUGAACUGCUGCUUUCACUCCUGGGAACUAUGCUCGUCCGAUAUGUGUCUGAUAAGGGUAUAGAGCAGAGCAUUCGCUUAGUGUCCUUAGAUUACCUUGGCAUAGUAGCUGCUCGUCUGCGCAAGGACACAGUUGAGUCCCGAUGUAAAGUUAAUAUAAUUGAUUCAAUGAUUAAAUCAAUAAAAGUGGAACAAGAAAAAGAGGGAGAUCUAUCCAACAAUAACACAAAAAUUGAACUACACCCAGAAGAGCAGCGAACGGAAUUUCUGCAGAAGAUUCUUCUUGAUUUUCUGGCUGUAAAUGCGCAAGAAGAAAAUUUAAUUUGGGACUACGCACGACACUUUUAUUUGGCUCAAUGGUACCGAGAUGUUAUCUAUCAGAGACGUCGAAUAAAGGAUGGAGAAAAGGGCUUCGCGUUGAGAAAAUCUAAAAUCCGAAAUAAACGGAAAACAGGUGAAUACUUGGAAACAUCAGAUUCUGAAUCGUGCGAAGAAAAUUACAACGAAGACUCAACAAAAAAUGGAAAUCCGUCUAUUGAAUUGAUUGAUUAUGAACUCAACCUUGAAAUUUUUAACGUUUUAGAGGAACGAAAACAAUAUUUAAUCAGUAAAAUAAAGCCAUAUUCGGUUUCUGGCGAACAACAUCACACAUCACACCAGCAAAUUAAGACUUACAUAGAUUAUAAUAAUGCACAGCUAAUAGCGCAAUAUUUAGCUACUAAACGGCCCUUUAGUCAGUCAUUUGAUGGAUGCUUAAAGAAAAUUAUUUUAGUCGUUAAUGAACCGUCCAUAGCAGUAAGGACACGUGCAAUGAAAUGUCUCGCUAACAUUGUGGAGGUGGAUCCAUUGGUACUGAAACGAAAAGAUAUGCAAAUGGGUGUUAACCAGAAAUUCUUAGAUACUGCUAUCUCAGUACGCGAAGCUGCUGUAGAUUUGGUUGGAAAAUUCGUACUCAGCAAUCAAGAAUUAAUUGAUCAGUAUUACGAUAUGCUAUCGACUCGAAUAUUGGAUACUGGAGUCUCCGUGAGAAAAAGAGUUAUCAAAAUAUUGCGUGAUAUUUGUAUUGAAUAUCCAGACUUUGAGAAAAUUCCCGAAAUUUGUGUUAAAAUGAUACGACGCGUUAACGAUGAGGAAGGAAUUCAAAAGCUUGUUACCGAGGUUUUUAUGAAAAUGUGGUUCACACCGUGUAUGAAAAAUGACAAACACGGCAUACAACGGAAAAUUAAUCAGAUUAUAGACGUGGUAAAUACAGCCCAUGACACUGGAACUAUAUGGUUAGAGGGACUUUUAAUGAGUAUUUUCAAACCGAAAGAUAACAUGCUAAAGAACGACGGAAGUAUCCAAGAAGCUGUGAAAAAAAAUACUGAGCCACCUCAAGAAAUAGUGCUGGCAUGUCAGCAAUUAGCUGAUGGGCUUAUAGACCGGCUGAUUGAAUUAGAAGACACUGAUAAUGCGCGAAUGCUCGGUUGCAUAACUACACUGCAUUUGCUAGCAAAAGUGCGACCACAGCUCCUGGUUCGGCAUGCAAUGACUAUUGAGCCUUAUCUAAAUAUUAAAUGUCAUUCAGCCACAGCUGCAAAAUUCAUAUGUGCUGUUGCAGAUAUUCUCGAGAAGGUGGUGCCCCUUGUUAAUAACGCUAGCGAGUCUUUUUUGGCUUCUUUGGAAGAGCAUUUAAUGCUCUUGGUUGUUUCGCGGAACCAAGCAGAAGUAACCAGUUGUGUAUCCUGUUUGGGCGCACUCGUCAAUAAGAUUACAAAGAACUAUAAAUUGAUCCGCGAUUGUUUUCAAAAGUUCUAUCGCGUUCUUGAUGUUUCUCGUAAUCAAGUGGUUCAAAAAAACUGCAGUGCAGAUAAUAUUUACACGCCUAGCUUUCGACGCAGCCUUUUUACGAUUGGCAUCCUAAUGCGAUACUUUGAUUUUAAGUCACCUAUUGCCUUAGGUGAAACAAAUGGGGGCCUUCCGGCAUCGAUAUGUGAUGAUGUGUUUGAGUGCUUGAUGUUCUUUUGUCGUUGCUCAAAUCAAGAAAUUCGAAAGCAAGCUCUGAUUUCACUUGGUUCUUUUUGUGUUCUGAACGAUGAUUACCUAACACGAUCUGAGCUUAAACAGUUUUACUGUGAUUUGUUAAACUCCACCACAAGCGAUGGUGGCAUAAAAAUAAUAUGUAUGCGUAAUAUUUGGAUAUACUUAACAGAAUCUGAGAUGUUUAUGCACAAUAAGGAAAAAGAAUGGGAAAAACAAUCAAAGCACGAAGACCUCAAGGAAAUGAAUGACGUGUCGUCAGGCAUGUCAAGUCGGAUAAUUCAGCUCUAUUUAGAAGAAAUCCUCAACUGUUUUCUUAAUCGGGAUGAUACGGUUCGACUGUGGGCUGUUAAAGUAGUACAUAUUGUUCUGCGCCAAGGCCUAGUUCAUCCUGUUAGAAUGGUUCCAUAUUUAAUAUGCUUAAGUACCGACCCCAAGGUAGAGUCGGCCCAUAGAGCUGAUGCCUUAUUAAAAGACAUCGAUAAAACCUAUUCUGGCUUCGUAAAUAUGAAGGUUCAAUUUGGAUUACAACUUUGCUUUAAGUUACAGCAAAUCUUGCAAAUAAACAGCCGGGGAAACGUUGAAAUCAUUCGAGGUUAUGCAAAACGAGGACCAGAACACGUGACUACGGCAUUAAAUGACUUUCUGUAUACUUUACUUCGGUCCACAAAGCCACAGAGACGUGCACUGGUUCAGACUGUUACAAAACAGUUUGAUGAUCAGAAAACAUCUCUUCAGCAAAUGCUGUAUAUAGCCGAUAAUCUAGCAUACUUUCCGUAUGUAGUUCAAGAUGAGCCUUUAUAUCUGAUACAUCAAAUAGACUUGCUGAUUUCAAUGGCUGGAACACAUCUACUUGCCACAUUUAAGGAACAUUUGAAUCCAAAUGACAAGGAGGGAGAUGCAUUAGAGGAUGAUGAUGACGUGGAGGAUCCUCAAGUUUUGUUUAAUCGUUUGCCAGAAGACAUGACCGAGAUAAAAAAAUGUAUUACAUCCGCCGAAGCGUGCAUGCUCCUUUUAAUACUGAAAGAUCAUUUAAAGGACAUGUAUGGUCUCACAGAUGGUAAAAUUUCAAGAUAUUCGCCUUCCGAGCAAAAAAUGUAUGAAAAGGCGAUUACACGUAGAGGCGUCAACGACUUCAACCCUAAAACAACAAUUGAUUUAAUUAAGAAACAGAAGUCACAGCAGCUUUCAAACUCAGAACCUGAUUGUUCCUCAAGACCACUUACUAACGAUGAAAAACUAGACCUUGUCGUCAAGUACCUGGAUUUCAAGCAACUUAUGCUAAAGCUGGAUCCAGAGGACGGAGAUUCAGAUGGGGAUGAACUGCGAGAAAAAUCAAACUUAAAUAACUCGUCCGUUUCUGAUGGUCUAAUUUACUUAAACUCUUCAAAAGGUUCUAAACCACCAAAUGAUGACAGCAGCUUUUGUUCGACACCAAAUGUAAGCAAUGUGCAAUCAUCAACAAUACCUGCGACUUCAACGGAUGAAGGUACACCGAGGUCUCGAAUCGUGAAAUCAUCAAUUUUUCCUACAAAACCUAGUGGUCGUAAGCAAUACAUAGCACGAAAUAAGCGAAAACGGCGCAAGAUAAUGUCGUCUGACGACGAUGAAGUCAGUGAUGAGGAAUAUGCGUGAGCUUGAUCCUUUCUGGUUUUCUUGUAUAUGGUUUAGCAACUAAUAACAACUCGUUUUGGUAUACUUAUUUAUUACUCUAUAAAUAAAAAUAUACUAUUUUCAUGGGCGUUGUGUUCUUCACAAGAAACCUAUAAUAUUACAUGUACAAAAAUUAAUAAAUGUUUAUUUACAAAAUAAUUUUAUCUGUAGGCAAUUCAAAUAUUCGAUAGAGUUAAUUCCGAAUAAUUAACUGUUAUGAAUACAUGUUCAGAAUCUAAAACUCUAAGGUUUUAAUAAAUAUUUACACCUACGAAAAUAAUAUUUUCAUUUA